AUCGCUCAAAACACUGCAGUGUACAAAUUUUUUGAUCCAAAUAAGCAUGCGACGUGUUUUGUGAAACAUAACAUGUCUGAAAAAUACGUGAAAGACAUUCUGCAGAAGCUCGAGGAAAUCGAGAAUUUACACGCGAAGCUUCGCAGUUUGGUGCCCCGGGUGAAAAAUCAAGAAUCAGAAAAUACUUGGAACAUUGCUGACAGAUAUUCGGAAAAUUUGGAGAAUAAAGAGUCCAUCGCGAUAGAAACGAAAGAAAACCAAAGAAAUUCUUCAGAAACAUUAAAAAACAGUAGUGCUUCGAACAUGUGGUUCACGAAACGUUUAAGAAAACUUAAGAAUCCAUUGAUCAUCGACAAAUAUCGAAAAUUAAGAAACAAUUCUGUAAAUUUCGUUACUGAACAGUGGCACGACAAGAAGGAUAAACUAACAAAUUUGCUGUCGACCAUAAACGAACGCAACAUUAUAUUGGUGAACAGAGGUGCACAAACGUCGGAUCGCGAAGAAUCGGAAGGAACUUCAAGAAAACGAUCCGUAACAGGAAGUGAGGAAAUACAGUUUUCGUCGAGAGAGAAUCCCGUAAAAAGGAAACGCGCGAUGCAAGAGUUGUUAGAACGAUUAUUAGAGCAUUUUAAUUACUCUCGUGAUUCUGGCAUCGGAAUUGAGAGCAGAGUAUCGAUACACGAUCACGCUUUAGGUAAUAACGAACCACACCGAGUGCAGAAAGCGUUUUUAUUACUGGACGGUGAAGCCGAGACAUCGAGAAUCAUUUCGUCCGCCGAAAGAGUUUCAGUCGAUGCCAAUGGGCGAAAGUUCUUCGAACGAGGAGCAAAUCUCGAGGUUAGAGCGAAACAGUGUCGAUUGAAGACCGUGUUGCAAAGGGGAUACUUGUAUUGGCUCAGAGAAUACCAAAACAGACCUUGUCCAAAUAGGGACGGUGGUAUCUAG